UUCCAGGAGAGAGUAUGCGCAUGCGUAGUAUUAACAGACCAAACUUCCUGCCAGAUAGUGCUCCUAACAACACAGGAGCUGUGCGAAUUAAUAAGGAGCGUUGACAUAGAAAUCAUAUAAUUUACCAACAUGGGCCCUCUGAGAUACAGAGAGUGAGCGAGUGUGCCGAGAGUUGAUCCCGACAGGCAGAAGGACCUGGUCCUUUUUCCCCUCUUCGCCUACAGACAUGGACGAGUCACAGGACCUGGCUGAGCUACCGAAAAAGAAAGCUCGUCAUGAACCAGGCAUUGGUCAGGAGGGCCAACAGGCUGUAGUAACUAACGAGGACACAGACUCCGCAGAGAGAAAUGACUCAGCUGCUCUGGGGUCAGAGGUCAACACUCCUUACCCCCCUUCCUCUGUGCCUCAUCUCGACGCAGUUUCUGGGAGUAGUGAACAGUCAAGUCAAGACACAGGAACUGGAAACCAAACAUGUGAUACUGACAACUCCUAUACCAACAAUGCUGUGACCUGCAAAGACCUUACUACAACUACAGGCACCGAAUAUACCUCACAGAUCUACCAAGGAAGCAACCCUGCAGUCACCGCCUAUGCUAGCCAAGGGGCCUUCUCCCUCACGCAGUCCUCUGUGUACGGCGCCUUUCCCCAGACCGGACAGACCUAUGGCCUUCCACCUUUUGGUGCCAUGUGGCCUGGCAUUAAAACAGAGACAGGGUUACCCGAGGCGCCCUCUGUUGGCCAACCUGGGUUUCUCAGCUUCAGCACCGCAUAUACCUCUACCCAGCCUGGCCAAGCACACUACUCCUAUCCCAGCCAAGGGUCCUGUUUCACUACAUCCAGUGUGUACACCAACAUCCCCACGGCUAAUGUCACCGCGACAACCACAGCUGCAGCACCUGGCAACACCCAGGAAUUCACGUCCUACAACUCCCUGAACCAGAUUCAGUUUCCCCAGUACUAUGUCCCUCCAACCAGCUACCUGCCCUCUGGGCUGCCCAGCACCGAUGGAGAUGUCUCAGGUGUGGUGGCCGCCGCCGCAUAUCCAGGUGCGAAGGACGAGAAUGCUGUGCCUGCUGGCCUUCCCAAUACCACAGAUCCAUCCCCAGGUGUGGCCCUCCCCACUGGUGCUCGGGAGCAGGAUGACGCCUCACGAAGGAAUCCGCCUGGCAAAUCCAAAGGAAAGGCCAAGAAGGCCGAAAACUCUCAGUCCAUAGACAACGACCUAGAGCGCAUCUUCCUCUGGGAUCUGGACGAGACCAUCAUCAUUUUCCACUCUCUGCUCACCGGCACAUUUGCGCAGAAGUUUGGCAAGGACCCGGCCACUGUGCUCAAUCUGGGUCUGCAGAUGGAGGAGCUGAUCUUCGAGCUGGCAGACACCCACCUGUUCUUCAACGACCUGGAGGAGUGCGAUCAGGUUCACGUCGAGGACAUCGCCUCUGACGACAAUGGCCAAGACCUGAGCAACUACAACUUUUCCACUGACGGCUUCACGGGUCCCAGUGGGGGAGGUGGGUCGGGCCCCACGGCCGCAGUUCAGGGAGGUGUGGAGUGGAUGCGCAAGCUGGCCUUCCGCUACCGCCGUCUCAAGGAGAUCUACAACGCCUACAAAGGCAACGCAGGAGGUCUGUUGAGCCCCAUGAAGAGGGAUCUGCUCCUGAGGCUGCGGACGGAGAUCGAGACGGUGACGGACUCCUGGCUCAGCAUCGCGCUCAAGUCCCUACUGCUCAUCCAGUCCAGGGGGAGAUGUAUGAACGUGCUGGUCACCACCACCCAGCUUGUUCCUGCGCUGGCUAAAGUGCUACUCUACGGGCUCGGAGAGGUGUUCCCCAUCGAGAACAUCUACAGUGCUACAAAAAUAGGGAAAGAGAGCUGCUUUGAGCGCAUAGUCUCCCGGUUCGGGAAGAAGGUGACGUAUGUGGUGAUCGGGGAUGGCCGCGAUGAGGAAUUUGCGGCGAAACAGCACAACAUGCCCUUCUGGCGUGUGUCAGCGCAUGGAGACCUGGUGUCCCUGCACCAGGCCCUGGAGCUGGACUUCCUGUAGAGGACGGAGGAGGAGGAAACAGACAUGGGCCAGAGAGACGGACACAGAAGCAUAGUAUUGUGAGAUGGUGGGGAGGUGUUCGCCUAUACAACUAUAUUCCCAGUCUCUCUCUCUCACACACACACACACACACACACACACACACACACACACACACACACGCGCGCAUACCGACACGCACACACACAGUUAGUAUGUACAAAAUGACUGCUGCCACUAUGGAUUUGAAAGGACCUUGGUGUGCUUGGUGAUGUCAUUGGGAACCAAACUGGAGCACUGGACGACUGGAUCAACUGCCAUUGGACACCUCUUGCUCCUCAUUCUCCCUCUAUGGCAGCUAUCCUCCUCCUCCUCCUCCUUCUCCUCCUCUGGAAGGAGCUGCCUCCUGGGAUUCCCCCAGUCAAGGGAAGGCAGCACACAUGGUGAAAGGAACAGGACAUCUUCUGUUUCACUUUUAAUCUUCUCUUUUCCACCUCUGAUCAUACCCAGUGGAGUCACACACACACACACACACACACACACACACACACACACUCACUCGAGUGCCGCCGGGGAUUGUUGGUCUAGCUGUCGCAUUCUCACCAAAGGAAUGACCAAAGGUCUGCACUGGCAUGGACUGGGGUGUUUUUUUUUUUUUUUUAAUGUUUUUUUUUUUUUUUUCAAGUAUAUUUUUCUGUAGUACCGUAGUUGCAGUCACUCAUGUCAUGACUACAUUUUCUGGCAGUCUUUUUUAUUUUACCAUUCAUUCCAGAGCUUGAAAAAAAAAAAAAAAAUCUCAUUCAACAUGUAACUUACUGAAGCUGUGCAAGGAGUGGUUUUGAAAUGGACACUGCCUGUACAGGUUUUGUUUCCUUGGGACAAACAGGGUUCCCUUUUGUACCAAAAGUCUCCUUAAACCCCAGUCAGCAAAUCCUCCUUCCUCCACUGCGCUGAAGCCAUUUUUGGUGUGGUGUUGGCCUUGCAUUCCCUCCCUGUUCAGUAAGAAUGCUUUUUAAUAAGACAAGCAGCAGGGGAGCUGGUCUGUUUUUAUUGGGACAUGGCAAGCCCAAGCCCAGCUGAUUUAUUUGAAAAGGGCUUGACUGAGAGGAGUCAACUGAACAAUGAACAGGUUUCACCUGCUGUUUGUGUAACCGGUCCAAAAUGGUGAAAAGGAAACUGUGACCUUUUUCUCCUUUCUCUUUAAAUCGCUUUAUAGUAGCAGUGACAACCCCCCACCUCCCUAGCCGCUAAACCCAAAUGUAGGAGUUGUUGUGAGAAUGCACAAGGGUCAUUGACUGACAUCAAUAGAUGUUCCCUGAAUGCCUCAACCUGUUACAACAUGGUCAUACACACCACAUAGAAAUGUUAAGCAAGUGGAGGGAGUCAGGAAAAACAAAAAAAAGCUCAUCAUGAUGUGUUGUUUUUGUGUCUCAUGUUACAUGUUUGGGAGAAGAAAAUGGGAGAAAAACUAAUCAGAUAGUGCAAUAUGUUUCUGGUCAGUGGUAGUGUUUAUUUUUCUGUUUCAAGUGACGUUGUUGUUGUUUUUUUUUUUUUGGAGUGUUUGUGAGCUGAGGCUGGCGAUGGGGGAGAUUCGGUAGAUGUGAAAGACUUCGUCAGCGAGAGAUUAUGACUGAACAAUUCUGAGCCUGAAGUCAAUGGAGCAUUGUUUUUGUUUUGUUUUUUUACUUACAUGCAGCUUGACAAUUAAGAAUGUGUACUCUCUGUUUGUUUGUUGAUUUUGUUUGUUUACUGGGUGUGUGUCUGUAUAUAUUUAUAUUGUGCCUUUUUGAACCCAUAUCUAUGACAUGCAUCAUCUUAAAGGGAUUUAUUGAAAACCGUGUUAAACCUAUUUUACUUUUGUGUAUGAAUUUUGAGUUGAAGUGUUCUGACCACCCCCCCCCCCCCCCCUCCCCCUUUCUUUUUUGUUGGACUUGUAUGCCUUUUAUACCAUUUCUAUUAUAUGUAUGUGUUGAGACAUUUCUUCUUAAGCUAUAAUAACUUUCUAUUCAUACAGGAACAACACUGCACAGGAACCAUCAUGUUUAAAGAGGUUGUUUGAAGCCUACACACACCAUCCUGCUGAUUGUAAAACCUGUUCACUCUCAAAACUGUCCACUCUUUUUGGGUCCGCAUUCUGUUGAAGACGUACUGCAGCGUGCUUUUAAUGCACAGACAAUCACUAACGGUACUCAAGGACGCAGCUGACCGUUCCCAUUGUUCUGGUCAAAGGGGUGUUUGAGGUAUGCUGUUAUAGUUGACGCUGUAGGCUUUCUUCUGUCCAAAUGAGCCCCUUUGCAAAUGCUGAUCUACAGCAUCACGAACAUGACUCUUAUCUUCUGUUAAUAAUAAUAAUAAUAAUAAUCUUUGCGUUGACUUUGGCAUUAUAUAGUACAUACGUAUAUGAACAGUUUUAGGUAUAAGUUAUGUAACAUUACAAAACCUGGUAAAUGCAAUGAAUGCCAUUUUCUUGAUGGGUGAUCAGAACAUUUACAGCUUCUGUAGGCCUAUACGAUACACAACCUGCAACCUCUUGGGGGAAAAACACCUUGUUGAAACACCUCUCUCUUUGAAGAGAUUAAAAAAGCAGCUUGGAAUCAUUUUGCAUUAUGGAAAAGUGAUUUGGAAUACCAGUGCUCAGACUGACCAUUGGAAUUUUGCUUAAAUGUGCAUCAUGUUAUGCAUUGUUACUUUGUAUGUUAACAGCAGAACGUUAUGAAGGCACAUUGCUUAUUUGGACAUAUUGACUGUGUGGGAAGUGAUGAUUCCCAUAUCGUAUGUACAGUGAGACAUUUUGUUUUUUAAAUAACCUCUUUCAACUUGUUUUCGUUGUUUGAUUUUCAUUCUCUCUGAUUGGACCGGAAUACUGUUCAAGGGCCAACAAGGUUUUCCUGUGUACUUGGAUGAUGGCGCGCCUGUCAGUGUAAAUUAAACCUAAAUAAUGGUCA